GUCAGUAUCGGGUAUCAAACUAUGGAGUACGUCAGAUUCUAUUAUCCUUUCAGACACUUUUCAUUAGACGCCGCUCACCCAACUAUCACUCAUCGGAUGGAGAAUCGAAACAUAGUCAUGUAAGGAUGAAUUCACACUUUGGCAGAAAAACAAAAAGUAGAAAAGCAGCAGCCAAUCAGCGUGAAAUCACAAAGUUUCACGUGAAAUUUAGAUAAGUGAAAAAUGCUAUGGACAGCCAAAUUAAGUAAUAUGAUUGGUCGAAUUCUUACGGUUACGAUUACGAUUACGGAAAGUGUGUUUGACCGGCUUUAAUGUCCUACUUGCUCCAGCAUAGAGUAGAUAGUUCAUUGAACUAACUGUACUAAUUCAAGUUAUACUGCUGAAAAGAAUGCUUUUUCACGAUGCAGAUAAAAAGAACGCUUUAGUGCAAAUUUCGUAAACUAGUCAGCCAAUUCAGCUAAAAAGAACAAACAAAAACACAUGUUACUGUUGGAGAAUGGAUUCUUCAUCUUAUAAACAAAAACCGAUCGCUUAUUUAACAAGAAAAGUUCAGAUUUCUUGUUGUCAUCGUUUAAAUAGCCCAUUUUUGAAUGAGCAUGAAAAUGCAAGAGUGUAUGGGAAGUGCAACAACAUUUGGGGUCAUGGCCAUAAUUAUACAAUAGAAGUAACUGUUCGUGGACCAAUAGAUCCAUUAACAGGAAUGGUUAUUAAUUUGACAGAUUUGAAGGAUUGUAUGCAGAAGGUGGUGAUAGAUCAAAUGGAUCAUAAAAAUUUGGAUAAGCAGCUUGAUCAUUUUACAAAUGAUUAUGUAGAUAUACAUAUAUGCUAUAUACAAUAUGGAUAGAAGUUGAAAAUUAUUUACUCAUCUUUUUAUUACUGCACAUAUGUAGAUAUAGUUUCAAAUUGUAGAUAACUAUGAAAUCCUGAGUAUAUAUUAUUUAUAUGUAUGUGUGUAUAUAUGUGCAUGUGUGCUCAUCACAUAGAAACAUACAUAUAUACAUAUAUAUAUAUAUAUAUAUAUAUAUAUAUUCAGAAACUUCACACACAUACAUAUAAUUAAAUAUACCUAUACUAUAUGUUUAUAUAUUAGAGAUACUUAAAAUAUAAACUGCACAUUAUAUUUUUAAAUAAUGAAUUAGAAAAAAUAGUCUUUUGUAAAAAAAGUUAACAAGACACAUAUUAUAAUAUAUAAUCAUUCUAUAAAUUAUUUUUAAUUUGCUAAUAUACAUAAUUGUAAAUAUUAAAUCAAUUUUCUAAAAUUAUUCGUGUGCAUGAGAGAAUUUUUUGUAUAUGCAUAAUGUCAACAAUUAUAUAGAGAAGAAACAACAUUAUUUAUAAUUUAGGACAAAAAUUGUUAUAAAGUAUCUAAAUGUGUGUCAUACUUUAUAAAUUUUUUAUAAAAUCUGUUUUAGGUUUUUAUAAAAGGGAAAUAUAUCUUACUAUCUAAUAUCACUAAACGAAGAAAUUAAUUUCCAGAUAAAAAUAUUAGAUUAAAAAAAAAAUUGCUUACUAAAUUUUUAUAUUUUCAUUCAUUUAAUAUGUUAAAUAAAUAAAAAAUAGAUCCAGAGUA